UGAGACAUUAGUCGUCUAAUUCUAGAAAUGUUCUUCAAGUGAUAGAAGGCCAACUUUGCAACUGUCUUUAUGUGACUCUGAAUGUUCAGGUCAGGGUCCAUCACUACAUCCAGGUUUCAGGCCUGGUUUCUAGUUUUGAGCUGCAAUAACAGAAGCUGCAUGGUGACUCUUGAUCGUUUCUCUUUAGGUCUAAAUGUGUUUCUUGUCGUUAAAGCAGCAUUUCCAUUUUAACAUGCAUUAGAUCUGUCUGUAAUCUCUGGCGGUGAACUCUAAAACAAUCAGUGAUCAUCAGUGCAGAGCGAUGCUGCUGCUGCUGCUGCAGGAGGAAGAGCCCUGAUUUCUUGGGUCUGCUCACACACCCUCACCUCCAGCCCCUCCCACCUCCUAUCACGCUCACCGAGGUGUCUGGUGACUUUGGCCCAUGUUAAUAUCUUGCUCCUCCCUGAAUGGCGAAGGAGACGAGAAGAGAGGGAGGUAAAGAGGAGAAGCUCCAGCCCACCACCAGCAUGUCCCCAGGGGCCUUCAGCCUGCUCAUGUGCCUGCCCCUCCUGCUGCUCAGUACAGCUGUGGCUCCCCAUCAAACCCUGACCAGCUGGAGAGCAGUGUGGGGAAGCUCUCCACCACUCUUCAUUAACUCUUCAUUAGGUGAAGCCCUCAGACACCAACUCCUGCUCCCCUCUCAGGCGAUACUUCCCACAAAGAGAUGGAUGUGGCUCCCAGGGCCCUGGCGCUCUUCUCGCCUCUGGUGCUCGUCCUGCUCAGCCUGUCGCCUGUGCCCACCUUGGGAGGAUGCCCGUCUGCUUGCCGGUGCUCUUCUGCCAUGCUGCAGUGCCUGGAGCCCAAUGGGAUAAGCAGUAUCCCGCCACUGGCGCUUCAAGAGAGUGAGAACGUGACGGAAAUCUACAUUGAAAACCAAGCAGGUCUGGAGAACAUAACAGAGGUCAACCUUGCCAACUACAGAGAGCUGAAAAAUCUAACCGUCACAUCAUGUAAACUGAGGUUCAUUUCUGCAAAUGCUUUCCAAAACAACCUGAAGCUGCAGUACGUGAACCUGGCGUCGAACUUUCUGGAGCACAUCAGCUGGAGAGUGUUUCAUUUUCUGCCUCUGCUCAACCUGAUUUUAAGGGACAACCCUCUCGUCUGCUCAUGUGACCUCUUCUGGCUGCAGCAGUGGCAGAACGAGGAUCGUGGCGACAUCGACAGCCAGAUGCUGUUUUGCUUGUCCAACGAUGAGGAAUUAUCCCUCAGUUCUUUGGAGAUCGAUAAUUGCAGUUUGCCUGAGGUGACCAUUUACGCAUCACAAUUGAAGACCAGAGAGGGAGGAAACCUCAUGUUUGAAUGCCAGGUGACAGGAAGUCCCACCCCCAAAGUGAUGUGGCAAACGAAAGAACUUGCAUCUAACUUUACUGUCCAGGAGAAAAUGACAGGCUCCACGUUAAGCCUGGUGCUUCAUCUCACCAACGUCUCCUUCAAGGACAACAUGCACAACCUGACGUGUGAGGCAGAGAACCAAGCUGGGCCCAACGAGGGGAUGGUGCAAUUGGACAUUGAGUUUCCAGCCAAAAUCAUCUUCUUCAAGGACGCCGUGAAACACCACCACUGGUGCUUCCCGUUCGCUGUGGACGGGAAUCCUGCCACGUUCAUCUCCUGGUUCUUCAAUGGAGAACCGUACAGAAAAAGCAAAUUCAUCUUCAUACAGUUCAUCCCGGACUCGAACGACGGGUCAGUGAAGCAUGGCUGCCUAACCUUAAACAAGCCGACCCACAUGAACAACGGAAACUACACUCUGGUUGCGGUGAACGAGCUCGGAGGGGAAAAUGCCACGGCUGUCGGGAUGUUUAUGGAAAAUCCUUUUGAUAAAGGUGAUCCCGAGGGGAUCAUGAUAGUCUCUAAUGGGGAUCCAAGUCCAUCUAACAAACCGGUCGUGGACGUUACAGAGAAUUCAGAGAGUCGGGUGUUUGUGGUCUCUGUUGCUGUGGGCCUGGCUGUGUUCACCUGCAUCUUUCUGCUCAUCACAGUUUUGAUCAUUAACAAGUGUGGUCACCAAACCAAGUUUGGUAUUCACCGCUCAUCAGUUCUCGGUAAGGAGGAUGACCUGGCCGUCUCACUCCGCUUCAUGAAUUUUGGGACCAGCCCGCCUUCCUCUGACGAAGACUCUGGUUUAUCAAGUUUUGUGGAGAACCCGCAGUACUUCUGUGGCAUCAUCAAGGACAAAGACAUGUGUGUGCAGCACAUUAAGCGGCAGGACAUUGUGUUGAAGUGGGAGCUAGGUGAAGGAGCGUUCGGCAAAGUCUACCUGGCAGAGUGUGCGAACCUCAGCCCCGACAACGACAAGAUGCUGGUUGCCAUUAAGACUCUGAAGGAUGCCAACGAGUCGACGCGGCAGGACUUCCAGCGGGAGGCCGAGCUGCUGACAGUCCUCCAGCAUCAACACAUCGUGCGUUUCUACGGCGUGUGCACAGACGGCGAGCCGCUGGCCAUGGUGUUCGAGUACAUGAGACACGGAGACCUCAACCGCUUCCUUCGAGCUCACGGCCCGGACGCUCGUAUCCUGGAGGAGUCCAAGUUGCCCCCGUUGGGCCAGCUGACUCUGCCCCAGAUGCUGCAGAUCGCCGCCCAGAUCGCCUCAGGCAUGGUUUACCUGGCAUCGCUGCACUUUGUCCACCGUGACCUGGCCACACGCAACUGUCUGGUGGGAGAAGGCCUGGUGGUGAAAAUCGGAGACUUCGGUAUGUCCAGAGACAUCUACAGCACAGACUACUACCGGGUUGGUGGACGUACGAUGCUUCCGAUCCGCUGGAUGCCGCCGGAGAGCAUCAUGUACAGGAAGUUUACAACGGAGAGCGACAUCUGGAGCUUCGGAGUCGUUCUUUGGGAAAUCUUCACCUACGGCAAACAACCCUGGUACCAGCUGUCAAACAGUGAGGCCAUUGAAUGCAUCACGCAGGGGCGGGAGCUGGAGCGGCCCCGGACCUGCCCCAAGGAGGUGUACUUGCUGAUGCACGGCUGCUGGCAGAGGGAGCCCCAGCAGAGGAUGGUCAUCAAGGACAUCCACAGCCACCUGCUGGAGCUGGUCAAGAACCCGUCCGUUUACCUGGACAUCCUGGGCUGAAGUGGGUCGAGACGCAGCCAGGGAGCAGAAAUCAAAGACUCAAAGCGUUGGGAUUUACGUUAUUCACUGUAAACGGCUUAUGUUGCUUCAUUUAAGGCUUUAUUUCUAUUUUGGAGAUUAGCUUUUUGCCCCAUUUCUACUCGACUCAGAGUCCUGCUUUCUCCCCUGAGCUGCUCUGGAAAAAUGUCAAAUGUUUACCAAAGUGUUAAAAAGUUUAUCUGCUGUGGGAUCAGUGGGAUGUGCAUGGAAAGUGUAACUUGAAGAUGAGGAUUUCGUAAGAUUUUGCAGCUUAAAAAAAAAGUGUUUUCUGGAUUUGGAUGCAGCAGCAAAGUGUUUGUGUAACUUAUCUGAGUGGGGGGUUCAUGUCAAUGUAAAUAAGAAAAACCCAAUGAAAGAAUGUUUUUCAUGUGUCAAAUUGUCUGUAUCAUAUACUUAUUUUUCAAAAAAAAAAAAAAAGAAACAAAAAGAUUUGUUGAAUAUGAAGUGGAGAGAAUAAUCUCCAUGUUUACAUUUAAUGUGCCCAGAAAUGCGUUUCCAGUCAGCGGCGGUUUGACCUGCGACACACACUCCACACUGGCUUUUUCUUCAAAAUUAGCAACAUUUUAACAUGCGACUGAGAGAAAGGGGGGUGGGGGGGGGGAAAUCAAAGCACUGCAGUGAAAUCUGGUAAGAGAGCAGGAUGGUGGGGGGGUGAAAGCCUGAGAUGGUUUGAGAGGCAACAGAUGGAUUAAAGAGCGACUCCAGGAGGGACAGAUGGCGCUGAAAGUGAAACUGGAGAAAAAAAACAAGAUCAGGUGAACAAACCACUGCAGCGCUUCAUGUAAAUACUACAUGUAUAUACGCUGCAUUAGUGUCUCAUUUAUGUACAGAAGAGAUCAGAAGUUUACAUACACUUUUUGCAUUAUUAAUUUUGGGCUGUUGAUUUAUUAUAACCAACCAGCUUUUUUUUUUUUUUUUUUUAUCAGUCCCUGGCUCAGAUAAAACAUUUAGUUGCACAUGUUUGAAUUUGUGUUUUUUCAAGUGUAAUCAAGCUCAGAAAUUCACCCUAAUCUUGUAGCAAAGCCAACAUUGAAAAACACAAAAUAUUACCAAAUAUUUUAGUCUGGUUUUUAGAGCAAAUAUCUAAGUGCACUUAAAGUAAGAAAACAACUUACAAGUGACUUUUCAGCUUGUUUAGAAUCAAUAAUUCCUUAAUAUUGAUUUUAAAAAGUACUAGUUCCAUUGGUAGAUUAUGUCACAACACAGGAAAAGUGUCUUGCAAGUAAAAUCAUUUUCCAGUGGAAUAUUCCCAAUAAUAUUAAGAAAUUAUUGGCUUUAAACAAGCUCAUAUUUCUUGCCUAAAGGUUACUUGGGAAUUAGCUUUGUUUUAUUUCACGUGUACUAAGAUAUUUUGUGCAAAAACAAAAAGUAGACAAUGACUUGGUAAGAUUUUGUGUUUUUGCAAUGUAGAAAUGUGGACACAUAUCACACACACACACACACACACCCCACACAUCCAAAAUUGUUAAUGGCUUCCCAAAUCCCCAACCCUGCUGAAAAUGCUUGGAAAACAAACAAGCCAAAUAAAAUGAACUCCAUUUAAAUCAGGAUAGUUGCAUGUUCUACUAUCUCUUCACGGUUUAAAAAAUAAACGAAUUAUUUCGUUUAGACGUAAUAAUGACGUCGAUGCUCAUGUUGAGUGUACGUAAACUUCUGACUCGGACUGUAUCUUCAUUGUUCCUCCAGCACUUUGUAUAUUGUCUGGCCUUAAAAAUAAAGUUGUUUG